CGGCGAGGUGCGGCAGAAGCAUGGCUGCGGUGCCCCCCGACACUUGGCAGCCGCCCGCUGUUUCCAUGGAGACUACUAUGGGCCUCAUUAUUAUGGAGCUGUACUGGAAACACGCUCCCAAAACUUGUAAGAAUUUUGCUGAACUAUCCAGACGAGGUUAUUACAAUGGCACAAAGUUUCAUAGGAUAAUCAAGGAUUUCAUGAUCCAGGGGGGUGAUCCAACAGGAACCGGAAGAGGAGGAGCAUCCAUCUAUGGCAAGCAAUUUGAAGAUGAACUGCACCCAGAGCUAAAGUUUACAGGUGCAGGAAUCCUUGCUAUGGCGAAUGCGGGCCCAGAUACGAAUGGCAGCCAGUUUUUUAUCACAUUAGCACCAACCCAGUGGCUUGAUGGGAAGCACACUAUAUUUGGCCGUGUUUGCCAAGGAAUUGGAAUAGUGAACAGAGUGGGCAUGGUAGAAACCAAUGCACAAGAUCGACCAGUGGAUGAUGUAAAGCUCUUGAAGGUUUACCCAUCGGGCUAGAAUAGAAACAUGAAAUUCUUAUUGAAUCUAACUGUAUUUCAUCAUGCUCGUUUUUUUAGAAGAUAUUUGUUGUGUUCCAAGAGAUAGUUGCCAGUAACUUAGGUGCAAAAUUAUCCUAUACUAAAAUGCAUCUUUGAAAUUUAUCAUUAACCUUUUUGUUAAAGCUAAAUUUAUCAAGAAAUUAUUUGGAUUAUUUGAAGGGGGAAUUGUGGAGGUGGCCUUUUUGUAAGCUUAAUUCUGUCUACCACCCAUGGUUUAAUUGGAAUGUAGCAAGCCAUCUGUAUUUUAAACAGGCAGAGAUCUUUAAAUGUUUUAGAAAGAAACUGGCAACAUCUAGUAUUUUGUAAGAUAUCCAAACUGCAUGUUAACUCAUUGUCUACAUGGGUCUGAAGGCAAUGUUUGAGUGCUAUCUUACCCUUCCAACUGAAAAGAAAAGGACGUUGAUUUGCUGGAAUUCAUUUAAGAUUUUAUAAUGGCUAACAUGUAUAAAUAAUUUUAAGGCCAAACCAUUAAAUUUGUGGCCUCCUGUUUCUGUACAUAAGAAAUCUGGAUACUACUAUUUGAAUAGAAUCCUUCCUUGGUUGAAGGGUGUUUGGUUUCUUAUGGGAAAAUGAAGACUUUCAGGUUCUUGCUCAUAUAGGUAAGAAAACAAUGUAUUUUUCAGUUCUGUGGACUGGUGUAGGAGGGCAGCAAGAUGCUACUCAGCCAGCAGUUUUCAUUGGCAGAAAACUACUUUCCCAAAAUCAUAAAGCUAUGUUGAGGAUAAUGCUCACCAGUGCUAAAGUAUGGUUUAUUGGAGUAUAUAAUGGCGAUACUUUGAGAUGGUGGUGGUGAACUUACUCCCUUUGCUGUGUCUUAUAAAUAUAUAGAAUUCCUUGAAUGGGUUUUAUAUACCUGAAGAGCUUCACAAUCAGUGUCUUCUCUUUUUUCUACUUAUUCUGUUUAUUCAGAAGCUUCUUAUAGCAAAUCUUAUUCAUUAUUGUCCCUGACCCAUGCUGAAUAGAACUUUUGGUUAGGAAUACUUACUUGAAGAAACAAGGUUCCAGCUGGAAUUGAAUGUGGGAGGACGUCAGUCAGUUGCCAAGAUGGAAAAAAGUACAUUCAUUUGAAAGGUGAUUUUUCAAGCUAGACAGAUCAAAGCCAUCUAUGAAGUUCAGUUCCUCCCUGGAGCUAGAUUAGUCCAUGUCAACACAGUUUUUAUAGCACCAUGAUGCUCUCAAAGUAAGCAACUUGGGAUCCUUCCCUCCUGUGUCUCUUUAGUCAGAGCUCAGGAGUGCUUUUUGACAUAUUGUGGCAGAUUAUCUGCAGCAUGAGAGAAUCCUAUACAAGCGGAGCAAUGUAAACUUAGGACAGGACAAAAUUAGCCACUAUGGUUGCGUCAAUGGUGCUGUUUUCACAGAGGAAGGGAGACUGCCAAUGGAAUAGAUUUGCCGUCCCCACUGCACCUCCCAUGUACCCAACAAAUGUCCUCCAGAGGGUUGGAGUACCCUCCAGAGCAGAUGAUGGGGAUUGCAGUGGGGGUGGAGCUUACAUUGUUUUGUGAGAGUGGUCAGUAGUGGCACUAUUAACCUGGUGGUUGCAGCUGUUCAGAAUGCAAGAGCUUGUUCAUGGUUAAUGCAAGAAGUUUUGGCACCCAAAACAAGGUACAAUUUUGGCACCUGCGUGCACACGCCACUGCUGUUAGUUCCUGGACAGCAUAAAAUGGUUCAUGGUGGAGGAAAACACAACUUGCCUGGGAUACUGAUUUCUUCUAUUUAAAUUUCUUUAACAUUGCAACAUUUAUCAGUAAGGUGCUUGAAAUAUUUGUUUGGAACACAGUAUAUGCAUCCUUUAAACAAGCAAAUAAAUAAACAAACAAACGGGCCCUGACUUGAACUCACCGUAACUGAGGUAUUUGCAUUGAAAAUAAUAACAAUAAACAAACCCUAGUUAGAAGUCACAAUGACUUAAGCAAUUCACCUCAAAUUCACAGAAAAACACAAUUUACAGUGUGCAAACAGAAUUAUUCUUUAAAGAAAUUGAUUUUUUCUUCUGUUUGCAUUGGUAAAGUCCCUUAGAAUCACAGAAAAAUAUGUCAUGCCAAAGUCAUUUUCAGUUCAAAAUAUAGCAAGCCCUACCAGCCUCUCUCGAAGCACUGAAGAAUGAAGUUUGUUCUUUACCAUUUUAAACUCUGAAAGGUUUCUCUCACAAGAAGCUACUGUUAUAAGCAAAGCCAAAAGUAUGCUGAGUGCUGUGGCAAAAUUGGGAGCAGAGUUAUAUCUGACUUUAUAUCCCAGUAUUUGACUUGAUGCCAUGUUGGGUUUUACAAUGGGAGCUAAGGCUUCUCUAUGCAGUUGCAACCCAUCUAUAUCUCUUAAGCUUUAAGUUUUCUUCAGUAAGAAGUUCUUCCAAAUACAUACCGUACUUCAGAUAUUCUUCUCUGAAAACUGUUCCAGUUGCUUGAAGUCAUUGUAUAAAAAUUGGGAAUAUCUGCUGUGAUGGUCCAUCUGCUCAAAUCAAUCCAUGACAGACUGAAUGGCCAUAUCCAACAAAGUAUUGAAAAUAGCUGUAUGGAAUUGUACUUUCAAAUCUCUUCAUAGGUUCCUCUAUUCCCUCAUAGUUGAAUAGUCUCCUCCCCCCCCCCCCCCCGGAAACAUACGGAACGUGUACAAAGAGAACACUGGUUCAGUUUCCAUUUCUGAUGCCAGUCCUGAUGCUUGUCACACAGCUUCCUGGAAACCUUCAUUGCAGUGAUAUCCUUUCCAAAAAACAACAAAAAAAAGUUUUGAUCCUUUUAAAGCAUCGGUGCUUUCUGAAAGUAUGUAAAAAGAUGAAUGGUGCUACAGCUUGUGAAAGAAUGAAACAGUUGGUGUGGCAGGCUGAAAGGGAACAACUCAUCCCCUAAAUAUACUGAUGAGAAAAUCCCAGCGAGUAGAAGAGAUUGGUGAGGGUUGCAUGUACUGGGGAAGAGAGAGAGGUGGUUUUGUGAUUUCUGCAAAAGCAACCAUGAGAAAUCCGCAACCAGGGUUUGCUUGUGGUUUCUCUCUAAUCCAGCUUUUCCAUCCAUCCAUCCAUGCGGUUGUGGUCAGCGCCUACUGGGCUGGCAGGUCCACCAGUGCACCGCCACCUCUUGGACAUGCAGCAGCAGCAGCAGCAUACCUUACACAAGGUGGGUGGGGAAGUGUUCCAGCUCUGCCAGGGCACAAGGCCACUUCUUCCUUUGCCAAGUCCUCAUGUUUGGGCUCUGCCUGCUGGUGAGGGGUGCAGCUUUUUCUACAAAUAUAUAGUAGUUGUGUGCCACAAUCGCAUGCUAACCCAAGGGUAGGCAACCACAUGACCGCCAGAGGUUUUGGAUUACCAUAAUCUCUGAUCAUUGGCUGGGGCUGAUAGGAGUUGUAGUCUAAAACAUCUGGAGGGCUACAGGUUGCCUAUGCCUGCACUAAUCCAUCAAAUAAAGGCAAAUCUCAGUUUUCUUGCAUACCGUAGGUAGUUCAUACAAUUCUCUUACAUACCUAUGCUUAAAACAUAAAAGUUAUUAUUCUUUUCCUAAUGAUCAUACCCAAUAUGGCAUUAUUGGUAUCCAUUAUGAUAUUGUUAAAUGGCAUGAAAAAUACAGUAGAAUUGUUUGUAAAGAAGGCAAAAGACUUUAUUGCUUCAUGAAAAGGUCUAGUGAUUGUGCAUCACUAACUUGGGAAGCAAAAUUUUAUAAAUAUUGUCUGAUUUGUACUGGCAUUGAUGCAUCUCUUGGUCUAAUCUUGCAUUCCCCAAGGUUAUGGGCCAUGUAGUUUCAAGAUACCUUGUAUAAAUACAGAACUGCAGCUUUUUUUCAAGACUUUUUUUCUGACACUUCCAGUGCUACUAAGAGUGUCUUUUGAAUACAUGUUUUUAAUCAAAUAAAAUAUUUUGUAUUUGUA